AUGGUGUUUGAUGUGAUAGAAGGGAAUCCUCCUGAUGGUUUCGUUUGCAGUGCCAAAAUAGACGGAUUGGCGUAUUCUUGGUGUCCUACAAUGGAUCUCGUUGCGUUUACCGCCAACAAUGGGAAACUGGUGGUUGUUUACAGAAAGAACGGAUCAAAAGUGUGGGAGCUGACAAUUCAAGAUGGAUUGGCAAAAGGAUUGGUAUGGAGACCAGAUGGAAAGCAGUUUGCAGUGAUAACGACGAAAAACAAGUGUUUGGUGUACGAGUCCAAUACGGCCAGGCUUUUAACGGAAGAUCAGAUCAGAGAUGACAUUACGUUUGGUGAAUGGGUCUUAUCUACUGAUAAUUCCCAGAGGCAUAAGUUCAGUGAGUUGGUGGAUCUAGGCUUGUGGAAAAGCUUACCCAAAUUACCACCAUUACCCAAUUCUUCUAAGUCAAAUACGUUUACAACCAAAGUUGCUAUUGAUGGAUUGAUUCAACAGAAUGAUCAAAGUAAGGAGAUGAAUUUGUUAAUGUUAUUUUCAGAAAGCAAAUUACAAAUGACGUUUAAUGCCUUAUUUUCAGUCGAGUCGAUUGAUUUGAUAGGCCCUGCAAAUGAUGAAGAUGAAGAAAUCGUGGCACAUAUUUCCCAAAACCUUGAGGAUCAUUAUAUUAUAACUUCAUCAUUCACUACGAUGAAACUUCAAUUAAGACAUUUUAAGAUUUCCAUGAACAAAGACUAUAGGCUGGUACAUGAUUUGACAUCACUCAGCUCCAAAAUAAUUGCGCUAUCAGGUUACAUCAAUGAAAUUUUAAUUUUUUUGGCCCAGGAUAUUAGAACUUUAUUAGAAUUUAGUAAUAGAUUUGUUGGUAUAUUGAAAGAUGAACUUCAGGGUAUUAAUGAUAAUGUUGGUGAUCAAUUAUAUGAUUUAUUACUCACGGGUAUGAUGAGUCUUGAAUUGAAAGAUUGGCUUGAAAAUACAUUAGGUGAAAGAGGUAUAACAAGAUGGUCCAAAACAGGUGAAGCCGUUUUUGAAAACACUAGAAGAACUAUUUUUUACCAUUUGAUACCAUCAUGUGAAAGAUUGAUUACAUUACUUUCGCAUAUAAAGGGAACGUCUAAGGCUUCAAUUUCACAAGAGAAGAAUUUCAAUUUUGAUAUAAUAGAUGAAUGUACAAAAUCAGCACAAAAUUUCAUGAAAUUAUCAUUCCAAUUCAUAAUUAAUGUUAAAAAAGAACAAGAAUUAUUCGGAUCAUUUGUUAAUUGGAUCCAUGCUGUUUUGAGAGAAUUACAAGAUGAAGAACCACGUACUGUUUAUAAGACCUCAGAUGUUUCUGAAUUCAUAAAUUCACAUCUUGAAAGAUCCUCAUUAAUGAUGUUAACUCCACAAUUUAGAAGACAUUUCAAUGAGAUUAAAAUUAAUACAAAUGAUUUAUUCACUUCAAUAAAAUCAUUGAUUAAAGACUUUGUCUCUUAUGAUUCUCAAAAAUAUGAAUUAGGUGUUGUUACUGAAAAGCAAAAAUUAAAAUUUCAAAAUGAAAAUUUAUACAUUUAUUCACAUGGUAAUGCAAUUAUAAGUAUAUACAAAUUUGAUACAAAUUCUCAAAAACUUGAAUCAAUCGAUAUUGAAACAGGAUCUGAAGUUUAUGAUAUUCAAAUUUCCAAAGAAAAAGAUGAGAUUUUCAUUAUUAUCAAUGAUGAAUUAAUAUGUUUCCAAAAUGAAGAUCUUUUUAAUCAACACAAAUCACAUUUUAAAUUUGAUGAUUUAAUUAUAACUAAAAGGAAAAAAUUUCCAAAUUUCCACCCAAAAUAUCUAACUUUGAAUACUUUGAAUAAUAUUGGAAGUUUAGUCUCUCAAGACUUGCAAAAAUUCAUAAUUUUCAAUCUAGACGAAGAAACAAAUCUUCAAGAAAGACCCAAAUCAUCAUCACCAUCACAACCAGAACUCGAUAGUUCAGGAGAUUUAAUUUUAUAG